CGCUAGGUUGUCUGAUCCGACGUCACCGUUUCAUCUUCGCUUCAUUCUUCUGACCUUCUCCAUGUUUUCUUCCUUCUCCAGACGGCCUUCGACUCUCCGACGGUGUUUCUCGGCGGCGGCGAUAUUUCCAGAAGUGAACGAAGUGGCUAGGCGGCAGUUCGGAGAUGCGCUUGCCUCAAUGUUGGCGAGGAAAGCAGGAGCAGUCAUUUUGCGAAGCGUGAGCUGCUCUCGGGUUCUGAUCAGUGCCAGGAGCUUCACGUCCUUGUCAUCUGAUGGGUCCUCUCCGGAGCACGGCGGUAGUUUACCGGCGGCGGCUAACUACACGUUCAAUCAAGAGCACUUCAGUAAGUAUGAUGGGUUUCGGCAGAAUGUUGAGGAGGCAUGCCGAAUUGUGGAAGGUGGUCGAUGGGGACCGGAGAUUGAGAAUGCACUGAACAUGUUCGACGAAAAGCCUCAACCAGAAUUAGUGAUUGGAGUGCUGAGGAGGCUGAGGGAUGUGAAUCAAGCACUGAACUUUUUUCGUUGGGCGGAAGGUAAAAGUGACCACCCACUUUGUCCGGAAGCUUACAAUUCACUUCUGAUGGUUAUGGCCAAAGCUAAGAACACUUAUUGCCUGGAGCAGAUUCUUGGAGAGAUGAGCAUUGCAGGGUUUGGUCCGAGUAAUAGCUGUAGCGUUGAGUUAGUUCUGAGCUUUGUCAGAGUCCAGAAGCUGAGAGAGGCUUUUGAUAUCAUACAAACUAUGCGGAAGUUCAAAUUCCGCCCUGCAUUUUCUGCUUAUACCACUCUGAUUGGUGCGCUUGCUGCUAUUCAAGAAUCUGGUCCCAUGCUCGCUCUUUUUCAACAGAUGCAAGAGCUGGGUUAUGAAGUCAGCGUGCACUUGUUCACUACUCUCAUUCGAGUGUUUGCUAGGGAGGGUCGUGUUGAUGCUGCUCUAUCACUAUUAGAUGAGAUGAAGAGCAAUUCUCUUGAAGCUGACAUUGUGUUGUACAAUGUCUGCAUAGAUUCCUUUGGUAAGGUGGGUAAGGUGGAUAUGGCUUGGAAAUUCUUCCAUGAAAUGAGUGCACAUGGUUUGGUGCCUGACGAUGUAACGUAUACUAGCAUGAUAGGUGUUUUGUGUAAAGCCAAUAGAUUAGAUGAAGCAGUGGAGAUAUUUGAGCACAUGGAUCAGAACAGGAAAGUCCCUUGCGUCUAUGCUUACAAUACCAUGAUUAUGGGAUACGGAUCAGCUGGAAAAUUCAAUGAAGCAUUCAAUUUGAUUGAGAGACAGAAGGAGAAGGGGUGCAUUCCCAGUGUAAUUGCUUAUAAUUGCAUUAUUACAUGUCUUGGUCAGAGUGGACAGCUCGAUGAAGCGUUUCGGACUUUUGAAGAGAUGAAGAGAGACGCAGUUCCCAAUGCUGCAACCUAUAACAUUCUGAUCGACAGACUAUGUAAAGCAGGGAAAGUCGAGGAUGCUUUCAAGGUUCGGGACGCCAUGGAAGAAGCUGGCAUGUUCCCGAAUGUGAGGACUGUGAACAUAAUGAUCGAUAGAUUAUGUAAAGCGCGAAGAGUCGAUCAAGCUUAUUUGAUAUUCAAAGGGAUGGACCACAAAGUUUGUACUCCGGAUGAGAUUACCUUUUGUUCACUUAUAGAUGGUUUGGGAAAGCAAGGGAGAGUAGAUGAUGCAUACAGGCUUUAUGAACAGAUGCUGGAUUCCUAUGAAAUGCCAACUGCUAUUGUAUACACGUCACUCAUAAGGAACUUCUUUGAGUGUGGGAGGAAAGAGGAUGGUCACAAGAUAUACAAAGAGAUGCUAGAAAGAGGUUGUUCUCCUGACCUUGUGCUUCUCAAUACCUACAUGGAUUGUGCUUUCAAAGCAUGUGAAACUGAAAAGGGAAGAGCUCUAUUUGAGGAGAUCAAGGCUAGAGGGCUUGUUCCAGAUGUGAGAAGCUACUCUAUCCUUAUUCAUGGCCUUAUCAAAGCCGGUUUUGCACGUGAAACCUAUGAAUUGUUCUAUGCAAUGAAAGACCAAGGUUGUAUCUUGGACACCCGUGCCUACAACACUGUCAUUGACGGUUUUUGCAAGUCAGGUAAAGUGAAUAAAGCUUACCAGCUACUUGAUGAGAUGAAGUCGAAAGGUCACCACCCAACCGUUGUCACCUAUGGUUCUGUCAUCGAUGGCCUUUGCAAAAUUGACAGGCUCGAUGAAGCGUACAUGCUGUUUGAAGAAGCAAGGUCAAUUGGCAUAGUCUUGAAUGUUGUUAUUUAUAGUAGCCUUAUUGAUGGAUUCGGGAAAGUGGGUAGAAUUGAUGAGGCAUAUCUAAUCAUGGAAGAGAUGAUGCAGAAAGGCUUGGCACCAACUGUUUACACCUGGAACUCCUUGCUUGAUGCACUUGUGAAAUCCGAGGAAAUCGAUGAGGCAGUGGUUUGCUUUCGGAACAUGAAGGAGCUCAAAUGCACUCCCAACCAUAUAACUUAUAGCAUCCUUAUUAACGGUCUCUGCAAAAUUAGGAAAUUCAACAAGGCAUUUGUAUACUGGCAAGAGAUGCAGAAGCAAGGAUUGAAACCAAAUACCAUCACUUACACUACCAUGAUCUCGGGGCUAGCAAAGGCUGGGAAUAUUUUGGAGGCGAAGAACCUCUUCGAGAGGUUCAAGGCAAAUGGAGGGGUACCAGAUUCUGCUAGUUACAAUGCUAUAAUAGAAGGGUUAAGCAUUGGAAAUAGAGCUGUGGAUGCAUAUGGGAUAUUCGAGGAAACCAGGAUGAAAGGUUUCAACAUCCAUACCAAGACCUGUGUUGCCCUUUUGGAUGCUCUGCACAAGGCAGAAUGUCUAGAGCAGGCUGCCAUCGUUGGGGCUGUCCUGCGAGAGACAGCAAAAUCUCAACAUGCUGCGAAACAUUGGUAAACUCGGAGCAAAAGAACUUAUCUGCAUCUCAGAUGGCCUCGUUUACUUCCAGGACAAGGUAUCUCUUUCGACACCAUAAUCUCAUUUCCGGAAAAUCUCAGCUUGCUCUCAUGGUCGAUUAUUUGAGCUACAUGUGUUUGGAUUAUAAACCAGGUUCAUAACUCUGAGAAGAUGCAAUACAUUCACUAGUCCAAGAACCAUAAAGUGCCAGAAACUGCAGGCAUCUGCUUUCGGCAACUAGUAGUGCUGACAUAUCCUUUACAAGCUGAUAUACUUUGUUCAGCUCGCGGAAUGAAAUGCAGGUCUUCAAAUUCCUCAGACCAACCCGCAUUUGGACACGCCAAAUGGAUUAGAUGGAUACCCUCUGGAAUCUUCUGCAGAUUCUGCCUAGGACGCUUUGAAGACAGAUUAUCCCAUUGUGUAGAGAAGUUUUGAUCCUUAUAUUUUUUGUGCCAUUAGUUACUUGUUGUAGCUUUACAGAAAAGAGAAUGAAAGAGUUCGGUUAGAUCAUAAGCUAACAGGGUUACAAUCAAAACUCAGAACUAGUAGCUUCCCUUUGGCAGAAGAGAAUAACUGGAUGAUUAUUUG